AUGGCCAAGCUCAAGACUUUGUUGACUGCUAUGUUCCUAGCCACUGGAGGCUUCCUCUUCGGCUAUGACAGCGGUAUCAUCACAUCGACAAUCGGCCAAACCGAAUUUGUAAAAUACUUCUCCAAUCCCAGUGAUACCGUGACCGGUGGCAUUGUCUCUGCCUUCCAGGGUGGUGCUAUCCUAGGCACAAUUAUCAAUAUUUUCACUGGUGAUCGACUUGGACGAAAACGCUCUGUUUUCACCGGUGCUUGUAUUUCCUGCUUUGGGUGUGCGUUGCAGGCCGGCGCUGUGAAUAUGGUUAUGCUCAUUAUUGGUCGCUUUAUUGCUGGUGUUGCCGUUGGAAUGCUUACUUCUGUUAUUCCGAUGUACGCGGGUGAGAUCGCCGAGUCUUCGUCUCGUGGCAUGAUGUCUGGUCUGUUGCAGUGGAUGUUGAGUUGGGGGUAUUUUGUUGCGCAGUGGUUAGGAUAUGGGUGUUCAUUUAAUGAGACAGCCUUCCAAUGGCGCUUUCCUCUCGCUUUCCAGUGCGUUCCCGGUCUAGCCCUAAUCAGCGGCGUCCUAUUCCUCAGCGAGUCACCCCGCUGGCUGAUGGAGAAAGACCGCCACGAAGAAGCCCUCGCCUCACUCAAGAGUCUGCAUGGCGACGGCACACCCGAAACAGAGCAGUACAUUGAGCUGGAGUUCCAAGAGAUCCGCGAGACUAUCCAAGCUGAGCGUGCACAGACAAAAAUCUCUUACACCUCUAUUCUCCGCAAGCCAUCCUGGCGCCGCCGUCUCAUCCUCGGCUGUGCAGUGCAGGCUUUCGGUCCGUUGUCCGGAAUCAAUGUUAUCAAUUACUACGGUACCCGCAUCUACGCCUCACUCGGAUUCGAUACACAGACUUCGUUGAUGAUCAUCGGCAUCUCGGGUGCUCUCUCCAUCGUCUAUGCUACCGGUGGUCUAUGGGCUCUCGAGCGCGUCGGCCGAAUCAAGCCUCUCAUUUUCUCGGCGGCUGGCAUGGCCGGCGCACUAGUCUGCAAUGCUGCCAUGUCACAGCACUGGGAUGAGGGCAACAACAAUCAGCUUCGGGCUAUGGUUGCUAUGAACUUCGUGUUCAGUUUCUUUUAUACCUUCGUUGGAAUCAUCUCGUGGGUUUAUCCUGCUGAGAUCUUCCCGGUUGAUAUUCGCAACCAGGGCAAUUCGAUUACCACUUUCACGAACUGGACCAUCAACCUUGUUUUCGCACAGUUCUCACCAAAUGCGCUGUCGUCUAUUGGGUUCCGCUAUUUCUAUGUUUUCUUUGUUUUUAAUUUGGUUGCUAUGUUGAGUUAUAUUUUCUUUUUCCCUGAAACUCGGGGCAAGACUCUUGAGCAGAUGGAUGCUUUGUUCGGUGACGAAGUUCCGAUUGGGGUUGAGAAUGAGAAGGAGAGCAUUGAAGCUGUUAUGGUUGAAGAUGCCAGCAAGCAAUAA